CACAUAUUAGUUUUUGAGCUUGUAAGGUUAUACAUAUUCAGUGUCGAUUUUAAUUUGCAAAAUUGUUUUAAAGGUAAAAAAAUAAAUUCUGUCAUUAUGGACACACUCUUGCAAGCAGCGAAAUGCAUGAUUUUAAGUAUAUGUCCAAGACUUCGUCAAAAUGCAAUCAGUCUAUCGUUCUGUCAUGAAUGCAGUCAAGAAAGACCUCUUGUGAUGAUGAUGUCAUACAAAGGUGUUAUAGAAAUGAAAGACGGAAUCCCGAAGAAAGCCAUGGGGAUAAAUUUGGUACUGUAUAACUAUACACAUCCAUCUAGUGAAGCAUGUAAUGUCUUUAAUUCCUUUAUGGCUUCUUCUUUCGCGAUAAACUUGCCUGUUAUUACAGAAAAAGAAGCGAAAAAACUUUUCAAGAAGCAUUCCAACCUAACCCUGAUAUCAGCAUCCUCAUUUAAAUCAACAGGAUUUUCAAAAGGAAAGCAUAGGGUUGUUGAAAAACCAUGUAUUAGUCUAUUAUGUCUACAUAAAGGAUUUAUUCCGUUAGGAGAAGAAGAGUUUCCAAAACAAAUCAAUGGGUUUGAUGUAGAUGUACAGGAGGGAUAUUGCUCUUUUGGAACUGGUAGAUCUAUAGACUUUGGAGGACAUAUUCGUCGUGCCAGAGGAAUAAAUACCCCAGGAAAUGGAAGCAUUGGGGGUUUUGUCGAUUUGUCAGAUGGUUUAGUUGGUUUAAUAACAUGUGCCCACGUUGUGUUUUCAUCAGAUGAAUUGUUAAUACCAAACAGUGAAAUGCAUAAUUUUGUACUAGGCAAAGGGACCGAUUUAAACGUAGAAUUUUUUGAUAAAAAUCAGCAUAAUUUUCAAGUGUGUGGCACCAUUGUGAAUAAAUGUUUUCCAUUAUCAUCUAAGAACAAUUCAGUUGAUGCUGCUUUGAUCAAACUUGACCCAACUGUUAAUGAAUUUGAAUUUCCAGUAACUGAUCAACUUUAUUCAGCAGGUUUUGACCCGAAUAAAUCACCCAUAUUUACUGGAGAAGUUGUUAAUGUACCAGAUCCUGAUCCUGUUUUCAAAGUCAUCAGCAAAAUAACAGAUAAAUCAGACAGUGUCGUAAAAUACGGGAGUAAAACAAGAUUCACAAUUGGUAAUCUCUACUUUAAUGGAGCACAUAUCCGCUUUGUGGACGAUACUGGAAACUUGCCAGACAAUACAGUUGCUGUGAUGUGCAAUCAAAUUGAAAUUCAGAGCCUUCCCCAUGGGACUUUUUUUGAGCCCGGUGAUUCUGGAGCCUUUGUCUUCUGUAUUAACCCUGAUAAGACAUUGAGCUGUCUUGGGAUGGCGAUAGGUUCUACCACCAAAGGGUCCUGUUUUGUGACGCCUAUGACCAGAAUUUUAAUUCUUUUGGUCUUCCUCAUAUAUUGA